AUGAUUCUCGCACUCCCACUCGCCUCAAACGCGAUAUCGACAUCAACCACGAUCACUAGCGAAGCCUGGCAAUCAUCAGAUCCAGCGGACUGUGUAUAUAGACACGGCGACCACUCAACGACCAUGGCUGACAAAGUCAUUACCUACAGGCUCUCCACGAUCGAUCAAAGCAUCAUCAGGACAUACAUCCGAUAUUGCUUGUGCUUUCCUUGCAGCGACGACGAAGACGACAGGCAGCAGUUGGUUGCAAACCUUACAGCAUCCACGAAACGUGCCAUUAGCCAUCUCCCGAUACUGGGAGGCGUGGUGGUUGAGGCCAAACCCUUACUCUACAAAAGCAAGGACGACUUCGUACAAACCAUCCACCGCCAGGGCAGCGCUGGCUCUCUGGCGGAGUUCAUGCAGAAGGGUAGACUGGAAGUCCACUCAACGGUUGACCGGCUCCGCGAGUUUGCCCCAACGGUGAAGGUCUUGACACAUGAAGAGUUCCCGUACACUUACCAGUACCUCGCUGCGAACAACAUGCCAGCAUCAGCGUUCAUAGGCGAUGUGAUCACGCCGCUGCCAGACAUGCCAGACGCGGCCAGUGGUGGCAACGCAGCCUUUGCAGUGCAGGCCAGCAUUGUUGAGGGCGGUGUAAUUGUUGCGCUUUACCUCCACCAUUCGGUCGCAGAUAUUCAAGGCAUGGCCAGCAUCAUUCGUUACAUGUCGAUCUCCGAGGACAUCUUGCCAACGCGAACUCAUACCGUGCCAACACUGCAGCAAGAUGCGCAGUGUCAGUCGCAGGUUCGAGAUCGUCUAUCUGGCUCGCACGGCAUCAAGGAGAACCUUGCAGAGCAUCCGGAAUACAACGCACUGCCUAGUAAUACGACGAUGCCGUCUCUCGCGCCAAGCCAAGGUAGCUCGCGGAUCUUGAGCUUCGACCUGGACCUGUUGGACGCAACAAGGGAUAUGGUCAAUGAACGUCUGCGGCAUCAAGAGGCGACACCAGGCGUGCACCUGUCGGCCUUCGACUGCUUGACGGGCAUACUCUUCAAGGCCAUCACACGUGCACGUUGGCCACCAAGCACGAUAGACGGCGGCCAAGUAUCAGCACUCCUACACCCUGUCAGCAUCCGCAACCGCAUCGAUCCACCACUUGACGACAACUUCUGCGGCAACGCAUGCCUGUUCAGUCACUGCACGUCCACUGUGCUUCGUCUGGGCAUGCCCUUCGACGUUAGCACCAUCAAGGACGCAGCUCGCUUGGUCCGUGGCGGCAUGUCGAACCUGACGGAGCCCAAAGUUCGGUCAGCAAUUGCCCUCAUCAACAGCCGCGACGAUGUCAGGAGUAUGAACCAUCCGCGCAUCGACUUCAACCAUGAUGUCUUCAUCACCAGCUGGGCCGAUCUGCCUGUCGGAGACGAGGCUGGUUUGGGACUUGGCUUGGGACCUCCGCAGUUUGGGAGGAAGGCUAGCAGACAUCACUCGGCGUAUGGCUGCAACCUGCUCCCGUUGCGCACGGAAGAGGGCACCUGGGAUGUUCUUGUUCAGCUGAGCGAGGAUGCGAUGCAGCGUCUGUUGGACGAUCCAGGCCUCAAGCGCUUCGUGGUGAAGGUGGCGUGA